AUGAACAUCGAAAACAUAGUCUCGUCUGAAGAGAUAAGACAAAAAAUGUAUCUAUUUAAGCAUGGUACUAUGAGGAAAGAGAGUCCAGAGUACCAAAGAGUUCUCAAAUCUCCACCACUUGAAAAUAGAGAAACCCCAGAUAUCCCAAAUUCCUCUCUAAAGCUCCGAAAGACCACAACUAGCCCUCUAAAAGUCGCUUCGAUGUCUCUUUUCAACCCAAAUAACCCCAAAAACUACACGUUCAAAUAAAUUCCUAGAAUCCCACAAGAUCGACUACUCCAAGUUCAAGGUUGAGUUCGACAAAUAAGGAUAAGAACGUACAGAAUGCUAUAAAGAUUCGACUAAAACGAGGAUUUAAGACUGAUUUUUACUGGAAAUUACAGCGGCUGACUGAGAAUAUAGCGAUUUAUAAGGAAAUUUUUGGGUGUAAAGAGAAGCAAGAGACGCCAGUGAGGGAAAGGGGUAGGGAGGAGAAGGAGGUGGCGAGAGUAGAUCCAGGUAGAGAGUCAAGUGUGGAUUUGGGAUUUUUAGGGGAUUUUGAGGCAUUUGAAACUUGAGUGAUGAGUUUUAGAGCCGAAGAAGAGCAGGUCUAUGAUCCGGAAAGGCACUAGUG